ACAUCGUCUAGCUAUUCGUUUAAAAAAUGAAUAAACCAAAUUUUCGAUUCCAUGCGAGUGACUCAGUGCAUUGGUAUUGGGACGAGUUGACUUCGAAAAUUGUAGCUGAAAGUGGGGUACCGACUGACAACCAUCAUCUUGGCAAAAUUCUGCUGCGAGUUCUAAAGGAUAACCCUGAUUCAAUAUCACAGAUAGAUGGCGCCACUGGCCAACAUUAUACAUAUCGAGAAGUUCUGGACAAAACGGUCAAAUGUGCUCGGGCCUUUACAAAACUAGGAAUACGGAGAGGGGACGUUGUAUUGAUACUAGCCCCAAAUCACUUAGAUUCGACAACACCUUUUUAUGCUUGUUUUUAUAUUGGUGCUAUAGUCUCUGGCAUUGAUCGAACUCUUCAAACCAGGGAACUCUCUAAUGUGUUCAAAACAACCCAGCCAAAGAUAAUUUUCUGCCAAAACGACAAAUCUAGUGAAAUAAAGCAAGCAUUGAGCAAUGAGAAGUUGAACUCGCAAAUUAUCACGUUCGAUAAUGGGGACACUUACACAUGUUUUGCAGAAUUCUUACAAAAAUAUGGGGGAGAGGAACCUGUAGACGGUUUCAAGGUAACAGAUUUCGACCCAGCAGAUACAACUCUGUAUUUGCUUUCAACUAGCGGCACGACAGGAUUACCCAAGUUAGCUGCAAUCACUCACAAGAAUCUGUCAAUAGGAGGGCGAUUGGCGUGGGCCAAUUUUACGAAAUUUCCCGAAAGCACGAAGUUGUACUUAAACCUUGCACCAUUGCAAUGGCAGUCUGCAACUCUAAUGCACGUCAUGACCCCAAUUCUGAAGAUCCCGAGGUUGUGUACCUCAGCGCAACUGACACAGGAACAUUUCUACCAUUUGUUGAGAACGUAUAAGCCUACCCUGAUGAUGGCCAGUCCAAAUUUGAUGACUACCUUAUUGAAAUCAACUCAAAACGACCCCAAGGAUCUAUCUUGUUUCGAUAUAUUGUAUUUAGGGGGAAGUGCUGUUUCAAAGGAAUUAAUAAAACAGAUCAAGAAAAUUACACCCCGCACUAUAGUAACCGUUGUUUAUGGUUCAACCGAAAUGGCUACUAUAUGUUUUGGUUUUGUAGAAACUCCUUUGGGGAGUGUUGGUAAGCCGACUCCUUGCUUUGAAUAUAGAUUAAUAAAUACUGAAACGUAUGAAGAUAUUGAAAAGCCCAAUGUUCCGGGAGAGUUGUGGGUGAAAGGUCCAACUAUAUUCAAGGGAUAUUACAAUAACCCAGAAGAAACAGCAAAAUCAUUAUCGGAAGACGGUUGGCUCAAAACUGGCGAUAUUCUGUACAGAGACGAAAAUGAUAAUUAUUUCUUUAGCGACAGACAGAAGUUUUUGCUAAAAUAUCUAAGUUAUCAGAUAUCCCCUAUGGAAUUGGAGGAAGUGAUACACACACAUCCAGGAAUUCUUGACGUGGUGGUGACUAGCAGACCAGAUCCAGAGUUUGGGGAUUUGCCUAUAGCGGUUGUUGUACCUCAACCAGGGAGUGACGUAAAGGCUGAAGAUAUAAUUAAUUUAGUGAAAGAUAAUCUAUCAGAUGCGAAACAAUUACGGGGAGGCGUGCUGUUUCUCAAAGAAAUGCCGCUUCUACCGUCGGGCAAGAUAGACCGGCGGAAGCUGAAGGAUUUAGUUAAUUAAAUGUGAAAACUACACUCAAGUUUUGGUAUCGUUGAGUAAAUAUCUCGUAACACAAGUCACGAACUUCGACAGACGUCCAAAAAUAACAUUUUUGUGUGAAUUAGUUUCAUAUAAACUUUUGCUCCUAAUAGUGAGGGCACAUAUUGAAAUCGGGGAACAUUUUGGAAAUUCGUCAUUAUGGACCUGCACAGCAUUUUGUACAAAAUGUUCUAUGUAAAGAUAAUACAAAAGUUAGUUAUUGAAUUCUGAUUGUAAAAUAAAACUUAAUUUAAUAUUUGAUCUUUUGAUUAUGCCUAGCAGUAUUCUUUGCAUAU